ACGGCGCGGCGGGUGGCGGGAGGCUGGGCGACGGCGGGAGAGGUCUGCCUUGGCUCCACGGAAGGGAAGGCGUGCCGUGGCUCUAUCUUCUAUCGACUUCUAAGGACUUGAGUAUCAAUAUCUCAAUAGGGAGGCUUGUUAUCACCGGUAUCGUCAAUAGCAUCUCGUCAGUUGGCUAAAUGGCCGAAGAUUUCUUCAACGGCAACAGGCCCAUGGUUACCAAGGAUGGGAAAGACCUGACUUCUGCACUCGAGGUGUUCGUGAACUGGUGUAUCACAGAGGUGCAAAACAAGAUCCAGAGAAGUUUUCAUCCGUCUUCGAGUAACAGGCCCCUCAAGAAGGUAGUGGUUACUAUUCAGAGUUUGCUGGCUACGCGCCCGGAUCCUGUUCUGAUUGGGUCACUUUUUGCUGGUUCAACGGAGGAGCUGGAGGUGUUAAUCAAGAUAUUAUCAGUUCAGCUGGACAUGGUGCUGUUUUAUACCAUGGGAGCAGCUGGGGAUAUGUACUUCGUCUGGCGGGAUCUCCCCAUCGAUCCCAAGCUCUUUCGCGAGAAUAUGCAUCAAAGUUUGGAUAGGGCUCGACAAUCCGCUCAGAAUAUCAAGGGGGCUGUGGAUCUUAUGACCAGGAUUGAGUCUUUGCUUGUUGCAGCACCAGCAGGCAUGUUGAGGGGAGCGUGGACCAAACUGUUGCAUCCAUUCAGUGGCAAAUCGCUUAUCAUUUUCGAUGAAAAAAAAGGAAUGCAAUAUUCAAUUACUUUACUGUGUUUUGGAGAUAUAAUUUAAGUUAUUUGAGGAUUGGAGAUAUAAUCUAAGUAACCUGAGGAGGAAGAUUACAGUUUACAGGAACAAUGACAUGAUGUAUCAGGCAAGUUUUUUUGUGAGAGAGUUCCCAAAUGUUUGAUAAGCUUGUAAUGCUCCAUGGUUUUUAUUAUCUAAUGAAGUUAGAUUUGUGUAGACUUGCGUGGUUAUGCCAUCAUUACUUGGUUAUUCGUACAUAAAAUAUGUAUGAGUGAGGUGUUUUCAAAAUUUAAUAAAAUUUAUUAUAAUGUUUUUUAAAUGAUUCAUUAUUUUUAAAAGAAUACAGUUUACGAGAAUAUUAACAUGAUGUAUCAGACAAUUUUUUUAUGAGAGUUCCCAAAUGUUUGAUAAGCUUGUGAUGCUCCAUGUUUAUUAUUAUCUAAUGAAGUUAGAUCUGUAUGGACAUGUGUGGUUAGGCCAUCAUUGCUUGGUUAUCCGUACAUGAAAUAUCUAUGAGUGAGAUGUUUCCAAAAUUUAAUACAAUUUUACUGUAAUGUUUUUUAAAUAAUUCAUUAUUUUUAAAGACAACUGUAGUGAAUGAAAUGAAUAUAAUGACUAUUUAUUUUACUUAUGUUAAAUAUUAAUAACAGUUGAAUUUUAUACUGUUUAUUUAGUUCAAUAAUGAUAGGUUUUUUAAACAUUUAUAAAUUUGAAAUAUUUAUUCACUAUGGUAGUAAACUAUUUUGUUCAUUUUGCGUUGUACGACUAGAUGAAAUUCAUGCUUAAGAAAUAUAUAUAGGAAGCCAUAUAAUACUAUCAUAGGGUGCAGUAGCCAAAAAGUGUGAUUUUAUCUGUUUUAUGGUUAUUUUGUUUUCUUAAUCAUGAUUAUGGUAUGUCUAUAUAAUGAUGCCUUUUGUUUCUCCAGGAAACACAAUGAAUGUUCACUUAUUCAAUUACUUUACAGUGUUUGCGAGACAUAACUUAAGUUAUGUGAGGAGGAAUGACCUUAUUGUUUUGUUAAUUAUAUUUAUAUUAUGUAUGAGUGGGGUGUUUUUUUUUGUUACUAAAAUCAGGAUAUAGUUAAUUUAAAAAAAUGAGUUGUUAUUAUUAAAAAUGUUUUCAGUGAGUGUCUAUUGGCAAGAUGACUGUAGUCAAUGGAAUGAAUAUGACGACUCUUUGUUCUAAUUGUGUUAGAUUUAUAAAUGAUAGUUUAACUCUAUUAGAUUCUCUAUUUAGUCUAAUGAUGUCAGUUUUAGACAUUCCUAAAUUUGCAUCUUUAUUUUGUCAUAAUUUUUGUACUGCACUAUUGGGUUCAUUUUUGCGUUAUAGCACCAAUGAAAUGCAUGUUAACUAUUAGGUGCACUUAAUCAUUUGAUGUGCCUUGUUCUAUAGGAUAUUUAUUUUGCAAUAUUCAAUUACUUAGUUAGUGUUGAAAGGCAUAGCAUAAGUUAUGUGAGGAGGAAGAGUAGAGUACAACAUGUAAGGGAGCAGUGACAUUAUCAGAUUUUUUUUUCCUGUUGAGAGUCACCAAGACAUCUGAUAAGGCCUGUGGUGCUCUAUGGUUGACAUUAUCAGUAGCAGCCUAACAAUCUGGAUGGUAACACUGGUUUGGUGUGGGGAUUGCGCAACAAAUGAUAUCAAAUCCAGGAAUAAUUCAAUUAAGUGUAGGAGAUGAGAACGCGGAGGACCAGCUUCAUCAACUAUUGAAGCUGCUGCUGGUUUAAGGACUGAGAUGCUUAUGUCCACUGAAUUAAUCCUUGUAUUCAGUGAAGAGGGGACGUCGUAGGACUGCUGCUGCUGGUUUAUUGACAUUAGGUAGCUGCUGCGACGCACCGCCAGAGUUGUUGUGUGUGCAUGUGUGCUUGUGUUGAGCCAGUUAUAAAAUAUAGUUGGGGAUCACAGAUCAUAUGAAAUGGAUUUUUACUGAAGGUAUUGGAAUUUAUGAAUUCAUAUGGAUUGAAUGCCAUUUUCUUAGAA